AGUGCCAUCAGCCACGUGGGAGUCCAGCGCCUUAACCACCACACCAGAUGUUGGCCCCUGUCUGUUUUUACUUGCCUGAGAGAGAAAGCGCAAUCACCCCCCAGUGGGGUGUGGUCACAUCGCAAUCCUUUUUCUUUUGUUUCUCCAUCCCGUCAUGAUCUGGGGCACACACACACACACAUACACACACACACACACACACGAUGUAUUUUUCAAGCCGCCAACACCAGAAUUCAAACCAUGGUCCACCAUGUGGCAUGCAGCUCCCUGAGCACAGAGCUGAACCACUGUUCUAUGAGGCUGUCUGAGCUUCUCUUUAGAAACAGAAGAGGCAGGAGGCUGAGGUCCAUCCAGGGACACACACGCACACUCACACGCACAUGCACACACACACACGUGCGGUUUCCUGUAGCUUUCCUUCCUGAUCACUCCUUCCUGUGGUCAGGUCUACAGGCUUCUCUUCUUGGGCAUCCCUGAGGCCUCUGGUGUCCUCAGACCCUCUCCAUCUGGGGAAUGAAGAGGUCCCAAGGUGGGAGGUCUGUGGAUCCCUGAAAAGAGAAGGUUGACCCUUCCUCCCUCUCCCCGCCUCCAGAUUUCCUCAUCUGCCUUGACACCUUCCUGUGGGUGGGGAUGCGGGUGACAAAUCUUCAGGCUGGGAACCGUAGAGGCUGAGGAAACGCCACCAGCAACAGGUCAAGAUGCAGGCAGCAGCCUUGAAAGACAAGAAAAGGGGGGCCUCGGCCACUAAGGAAGGUGACAACGACCCUGACUACGAGAACAUCACCUUGGCCUUCAGAAACCGGGACCCGCUGAAGAGUGACCAUUCCCCCAGGAGUCCAGCUCCAGCCCAGCCCAGGCCCCUGUCGGACUCUGCCCAGAUCCCACCCUGGCUGCACAAAGCCAUCAUGAUCCUCUAUGUCCUCCUGGCCUUCACCUUCGCGUUCUGCAUCAUUUUAUCAGUCCUGCUGCUGGUGAAGAAUUCCGAGAUGUCCCAGGAGCUGCUGGAUCUGAGAGGCGAGCUUUGGAAUGUCUCCAACUCGAUGCGAGUGUGCCAGGAGGAGCAGCAGAAGGGCUGGAACCUGGUCUGGGAGCGCGUCAAGGAGGCCAGGGAAAGCAUCCUUCAGGUCGAUAGGAAGACCCUGGGCGAGGUGGAGAAGCUGAAGACGCUCCCAACAGAAAUAGCUGGAAUAAAAGAAAACGUAAAGAAAAUCUUGGAUAAGGUGGAGCAGUUAAGUCAGCGGUCAAUGCCUAGCAAAUGAGAGGACGUCACUGCCACCACAGAUGACAUUGCACCUGCCACUCACCGUCUGUGACAGAAAACGGGCCCCCCGAGCUAGUGUGAAUCUUUCCCCAUGUAGAAAACCGUGUGUCACGGUGAAAACCGUGGGGUUGCCCGUGUGCAUGCACGCAUGUGUGUGUGCGUGCGUGUGUGUGUGUGUGUGUUAGCAUUUUGUGGAGGGCGGGCAUCUCUCUGUGUCCCCAGCAAGGUGUUAUGGGCGAAUGUGGCUGUCACAGCGAGUGGGUCUGCAUGCGUGUGUCAUCCUACAUGUGACACACAUGUGCAUCAUCUUAGGUACAUGAGGGGGUCUUCAAAAAGUUCUCAGCGGGGCUGGCAGGUGACGUGGUGAUUAAGGUGCUGGACUCCCACGUGGCCGACCACGGUUGGGGUCUCAGACCUGGUGGCUUGCUUUCUCACUUUCCUUCUCCCUCUGUCUCUCUGGUCAAAUUAAACAGUAAUAAUGACAAUGAAAAAUAAAUCAAAUAAAUCAUUCUUUAAAAAGUUCUUGGCAAAUGCAUUAUGUUCUGAAAAAUGAUGCAUGGAUUUAUUUUGAUUUUUAUUUAUUUUUCUGGAGGGUGCACGCACUUACCAGAGAGAGAGAAAGAGGAGAAAGCAACCCCACACA